GUGCGACACCAUGCGCCAAAAAUUCAUAUUUCUAGUUAUUAUAGAUCUCUAAUUGAUGACUUUAAUUAUCGCUCUAAUUUGAAUAAUAAAGGAAAAUAAUCCAUCACUCUUCAUCACUAAACAUAUCAAAAAGACAAAUGUUGACACUUAUUGAGUCAAAAUUUGACAAUAAAGUGUAGUUAUGUCCCCCUUAUUUUAAUUUUGAGUAAAUGUUUUAAAGGUUUAAAUUUUAUUUUUAAUAUGGCUAAAGUAGGUAUUAACGGCUUUGGAAGAACAGGAAGGUUAUUAUUGCGAGCAAUGAUUCAACGAGUUCCUGACAAAGUUGUACCUAGUGGCAUCAACAAUCCUGAAUCCGAUUCUGCUGAGUAUAUAGCAUAUAUAUUUAAACACGAUUCUACGCAUGGUAGAUUUUAUGGCGAAGUGUGUUAUGAUGAAAAGCAUUUGAUAGUUAACAAAAUAAAAAUACCAAUAUUUAAAGAAACUGAUGCUAAAAAUAUUCCUUGGGACAAAGCAGGCGUUGAAUAUGUAGCAGAAUGUAGUGGUAGAUAUACAACUGUAGAAAACGCGAAAUCUUUUCUUAAGGGAUCAGUUAAAAAAGUUGUAAUAUCCGCGUCUUCCUCCGAUGCCCCCAUGUAUGUCUUAGGUGUCAACAACACCAGCUAUAACCCAAAAGAUAAAGUAGUUUCGAUGGCGUCCUGUACUACAAACUGUUUAGCACCGCUUGCGAAAGUAGUUCAUGACAAAUUUGGUAUACGAGAAGGUCUUAUGACUACGGUGCAUUCGGCCACUGAGAACCAACAUAUUUUGGAUGGGUUUUCGAUCAACUCGUGGCGAGAUAGUAGAGCGGCUAUUUCGAAUAUUAUCCCGGCGUCUACAGGGGUAGCCAAGGCAAUUGGUAAAGUGAUACCAGAUCUUAAUGGGAAAUUAACAGGAAUGGCAUUUCGAGUUCCAACGCCUACUGUGUCAGUAGUUGAUUUGACGGCCAGAAUAUGCAAAGCUGCUAAAUUAAGCGAGAUAAACGAAGAAAUAAAAAAUGCUUCUAAAUACUCUCUCAGUGGAAUUCUCUGUUAUACCGAAGAAAAAGUCGUAUCAACAGAUUUUAUUGGGUGUAGCUGUUCGUCGAUUUAUGAUGCUACAGCAAGUAUUCAACUGAACGAGAACUUUGUAAAACUAAUUUCAUGGUAUGAUAACGAGUACGGGUAUGCAAGUCGCUUGGCCGAAUUUUUGGCAUUCAUACAUGAAAAAGAUCAAGAGGCGGCAUGUGCCGAAAAAAAACAGCCAAAAUGUAAUUAAUAUUAAUUAUUAAAAGAAAAGCAAAAAAUAAAUUAUAUUUUUAAAAUU